AUGGACAAAUGUACAUCAGAAAACUUUGAUACCGGCUAUAGUGACCACCUUUUGCAAUUACUGACCAUACUUGUAAAUCACAUUUCGACCAGUAUAGAAAAUGUUAUCCAUAAAAGGAUUUAUAGUGCGAAAAAUAUUGAAUGCUUCCAGUACCUAAUCAGUGAACAAUCUUGGAGAGAAGUAUAUGAUACCUCUAAUACUAACAAAAAGAUGGAACAUUUUUUGAACAUUUUCAAGCAUAAUUUUGACAUAGCUUUUCCACAAAGGAAAGUUAUUUCCAAGAGCACAGAUAGAUUCAGAAACUGGAUUAAAUCAGGCAUCAGAGUAUCUUGUAAAAGGAAGCGGGAACUUUUUCUGCAGUCAAAAACUAACAGCAGUCCAGAAUUUAUUAAUUAUUUAAAAAAAUACAAGCUAGUUUUGAAACGCAUCAUAAAGGAGGCAAAAAUUAAGGAAAAUGACAAAUAUAUUAUGAAGUCAUCCAAUAAAACUAAGUCCAUGUGGAAAGCAGUGCAGGAUCUUACUGGGAAGAAGACAACUCACAAAAAUAUUGUGAUAUCACAUGAUGGCAAGAAUGUCACUGACCCUAGGGAAGUUGCAAAUAGUUUCAAUUCUUACUAUGCAACUGUUGCUGGGAAAUUAGUGAAGGAAAAAUUUGGAAAUCCACCUAAUACAACAUGGAAAGAACUUUCAUCUAUUGAAAUAAAUAAUAUAUCCAUGUUACUCAGUCCAGUAAGCCCAACAGAGCUCCUAAAUACCAUUAAUUCACUGAAGAGUAAGUAUUCAACUGGUAUUGAUGAUAUUCCAGAUUAUAUUAUAAAGAUAACAGCAAGACAAAUACUUUCACCUUUAUUGGACAUAUGCAAUUCAUGCUUAUCAUGUGGUGUCUUCCCUCAGCAACUGAAAAUGGCAAAAGAAAAUCUUAAAUGGAAUACUCAUAUCACAGCCCUAAAUUCAAAACUAGCAAAAAUGAGCUAUGUGGUAAGAAUUCUCUGCAACAGUACUAGUGCAGAAACAGUUGGGGCUGUAUACUUUGCUCGUUAUGAGGUACUUACAGAAAAAUGCAAAUGUAUGUUGAAAGUGUGA